GCAUUUUAACAAAUUGUUGAUAGAUUUGAAAAUAAAAGCGAUUGUUCCUCCAAAUACCCAGGCAAUAUGAAUAAAAAAACGUUCGCUAACCUAAUGAGCAUUGAGAAGAAAGCAUUUGAAAAGAAUGUGGAAAACUAUCGAAGGUUGCUGUUAAACGAUGAAAACGCCAGACCAAUUAACCGAGCAGUAAGCAUUCAAACAGUUAAAGUUGAAACCAUCUCAGACGAGGAAUCAUCGGAUGAAGGCGCUACACCACCGAAGAGGAUGUUGAAUUCUUUUGAAGCAAAUCCAACAUUUGGGAAAGUGGCCGAUUAUCCGCGUAUAGGAAGUGUUACUGCCAAUGAUCAUUCACGUAAAUACAAAAACGCCACACCCAUCAAACGAGCAGUAAACACUUCCUCUGCAGGUAAAUUUGAAACCGCACGGCCAAACAAGCCGCUUAAAAAUGACGAAACCAUAACACCAUUGAAACGGGUGCAGAAUUCUGUAGAAGCUGGUUCCAUAGUGACUCCAAUGGCAUUAAAUUCUUCAGGUACAUGUGGAUUGGUAGUAGAUCCUCAGCAUGUGGAACAUAUUGUUUCGAAGGAUUCUAAUGCAGAAGUUGUUACUCUAUUAAAAGCCAUUAUAGAUCAACAAAAUAACUUAGCUGUGUAUAUGACUAACUUGGACACACGCUUAAGGAAUUUGGAAGACUGCGUAGAAUAUAUGAGAACAUAUUGCACAGGAAAUUCUAGCACACAAUCUGAAGUAAUGCUUCAAGACAAAACGCCGAACAAUAGAAAGGUUACUCUAAAGGUCACCAAAUCAGACCCACUGGCUGAAGUUGUUACUAUGUUGCCAUUAACAACGAUUAAAUCGGCGGAUGAAUUUGAAGAAAAGCUGUCUAACAAAGAAUGUCUGCAGUCAAUGAGACUAUACUUAGUGAAACUAAAAAAUCUCAACGGCUUUGACUAUGCAAUACGUAAAAUAUACACCGAUGACUUCCUAUGCUUUUUUAAUUGGGAUGGUCUACAUGGAAGAUUGCCUUUAAAAGGAUAUAGACAAAUUUCGGAUAUGCUUUUCGAUGUUUUUAAUUUUAGUGAUAAGAAAUCUUUCGAAACUGCAAUGAAAAAAUUUAUCGCACGUAGUCGUAACAGGAUAAAUCAGAAAAAACAUCAUCUAAAAACAUCGAAUGCAUAGAAAGCGACUGCGAUUCGAAUUUUUGGUUUUUUUUUUUUGUAAUGAAUUUUUUUUUUGUGUUUUGAUUCUAUUGGAUUUUUAUGAAAUACCUAGGAAAAUAAAGGAUUCAACAUUGAACGAUGUAAUUUAUGUACAA